AACACUUUGACUCCCUUUUCACUCCAUAUUCAAUCAAUCACAGGUUUCUGGGACCCAACCUGGACAGCCAAAAACCCAAUUCAUUGAAAAAGGUUUUUUAUGGCAGUUUUUCCUCCUACUAAUCAUAACUUAGAAUUGUAUUUAGAAAAGGUCUAUUGGUUUUCUUAACAGUGCGGUCUAUACAAAUUUACUUUCUUAUGUCUAACAAAAAUGGCUUUGUAACUUUUAUAAACAACUUUGCUUUUCAUUCCAACAGACGCCAUGACCACCUCGCACAUUUUGUCCGCCGUCGAUCCGGCUGGCAUGAGUGGCACAACAUCGAAUAACAACAACACCAACAACCACAACAACAACAAUUUGACGAAUGUAAAUGGUGACAAUACCAGUAGCGUUGGCCUAUCACACCACAGCGCCACCAACAACAACAAUGGCAGCCAUUCGUCGAGCGCACAUUCACCACACGCACAGCACACACAUCACAGCGUCGCUACGGGUGGCAGCGGUAUUAGCGGCGGCGGCGGCGGUCUUAUUCAUGGCAUGGGCAGCAGCAUAAAUCAUCUUGGGGCGCCGUUGGCGACAAAUCGCAGCCCCGGCAUGGAGCGAAAUCUGCACGUCAGCCUGGAUGACCGUGAAUUAUGGCUACGCUUUCAGAAUCUUACCAACGAAAUGAUCGUCACGAAGAAUGGCAGACGCAUGUUUCCAGUGGUUAAGAUUAGCACUUCCGGUCUGGACCCAGCCGCCAUGUAUACAGUACUGCUGGAGUUCGUGCAGGUGGAUUCACAUCGUUGGAAGUACGUUAACGGCGAGUGGGUGCCCGGUGGCAAGGCGGAAGUACCUCCUGCGAACCUUUACGUGCACCCGGAAUCACCGAACUUCGCACACUGGAUGAAGGAGCCGAUUUCUUUUGCGAAGGUGAAACUGACCAACAAGACGAACGGCAAUGGCCAGAUUAUGCUGAACUCGCUGCACAAGUACGAGCCGCGCGUGCAUUUGGUGCGUGUGGGUUCAGAGCAGCGCCAUGUGGUUACCUAUACAUUUCCAGAGACCCAAUUCAUUGCUGUAACGGCCUAUCAAAACGAGGAGGUCACAUCGUUAAAGAUCAAAUACAAUCCAUUUGCGAAAGCCUUUCUGGAUGCAAAGGAGCGUCCCGAUACGCUGUAUUCUCAUGAGGCACCCUACGGAUGGCUAAUACCACCGCCGACCCAUUACACCAGCGUUGCACAAGCGCCUCCACCACCGCCACCAAGCUUGGCGGUAUCGAAUUCUCCCCUAGGCAUGGGUUGUGACCGCUAUGGACGUACGCUCAGCAGUCGCAGCAUGUCUGCACAUAGUGCACGCGCUUCACCUUAUGCACGACCGCGUUUGACUCCAACCACUCCUGGGUCGAGCUCUCCAGGACCUGGUAAUUCUGGCGUGAUGAACGGCAGCACUGGCAGCGCUUCGCCACCGCAGCAGCCACCUUCAGCGCCACACACUCCGACAAGCCUACAAUCCGCACAUACCACAAACUUGGGCGUUAGCGGCAGCAAUGUAGGCAUGACCAGCUCCGCAAAUCCAGUUGGCUCCUUUUCAGGGUUUUCCAGUUCCUAUACACAGUCCAGCUUCAUGCCGGUGGAGCCGAGUUCAUCGAUGUUCUCAUACGCGGGUGGCUGGCAAGGCAACGGCGGUUAUUGGAGUUCGCCGGCAGCAGUUAGUGCCGUUCCGCCGACAGCAGUGCCGGUGAAUGUAAACCAAAGCAGCAACAGCGGCAGCGGAAGCGGCGCUGGUCGUGCGAUUUCUGCACACAACUCUCCAUCGCCGACAAAUGGUGGAUCGCCGAAUUACACCAGUCCAUCGCCAGGCUAUACCAUUCACCACCUCACACCACACCCGUCGCAUCAAUACAAUGUCGCACAGUCAGCGGCGGCAGCAGCGGCACAUGCAGCUGAUAUGUAUCAGACCAGCACGCCCACACAGUCCUAUGGUGCACCACCAACGCACCAAGUUUACCACCCAACGCCCACCUCGCCCUCGCACCAGUUGUACACGAACGUUUUGAACGCGCCCACGGCGCUGAGCUACGCGGGCACCUCGUGGCACAAUGGCGGCGGCGCUGAGUAUGGAUUGUAUCAGAACGCAGCAUAUGGAUAUCAGCCGGAGUACAUACCGCUGGUAUCGGAUUUGGGUUACUACCUCACAUCCGCUUGAACCCAUCGAUGUUCCUAAAUCACAUCGAAGAUCCACAGGCCGCUAUCUAUAAGUCGCCCCCCAGCAGACCAGCAGUGAAGGCGGCAGCGGCGGCGAUGGCAGUUCAGUUCUCACUUUGGAAUGCAGCAAUUUGAAAGUCCACUCGCCAUCGG